ACACUAAAAUCCCCAAAUUUAGAAAAUCACGUCACCUCCAGAUAUUUCCAGCUGAGACAAUCAAGCAAAAAUGUUUGAUCACAAAAAUAGGGAACAUCAAUGUCCUCUAUAUUCUGCCAAAUCACACAGCAGGAUUUCUCCUCCAGAGCUGCUGUUUUAAACCAACCUGCAAUAAACCACCCAGAGAAGAGGAAGCAUGAAACCGAUCCGAACGAAACCGACCGCAACAUCAUAGAGAAAUAAACGAGUGAAGCUGCUCGGAGACCUGGGAUGGAUCCUCUGGGUGCUCGCUCUCAGUUUGUAGAUGUCCAGACUCUCCCCACGUGGCAGCAGCAGCUGGGUGAGGAUGGUGAGGAGACGCCACAGGAUCAGAGCGACAGUCUGCUCAGUCAGCAGGCCUUCCCCUCUCCCUUCCCCUGCAGACCAGAUAUCAACCGCAAGAUCAUCCUCUUCAGCGGGGACAUCGCCCUCCUGAACUGCACCGCCAUUGUGAACACUAGCAACGAGUCCCUGAACGACAAGAACCCCGUGUCUGACAGCAUCCAUCAGCUCGCAGGGGCGGAGCUGCGAGAAGAGCUGCUCAAAGUAAAAGGAUGUCGGACGGGUGAGGCGAAGCUGACCAAAGGCUUCAGCCUGGCAGCGAGGUUCAUCAUCCACACGGUGGGACCAAAGUUCAAAAGCAAGUACAGGACGGCGGCUGAGAGCUCGUUGUACAGCUGCUACAGGAACAUCAUGCAGCUGGCUGCAGAGCAGUCAAUGGCGUCCGUCGGUAUAUGUGUGGUGAGCACGACCAAACGAGGUUACCCACUGGAGGAUGCUACACACAUCGCGUUCAGAACAGUGCGCAGGUUCCUGGAGAAUUAUGGAAACAGCAUCGAUGCAGUGGUGUUCGUGGUGUCGGACGCAGAGGAGCCGGUGUUCAAGAAGUUACUGCCUCUGUACUACCCUCGCUCGGAGGAAGAGGAAAAGACCAGCCUGCCUCUCAUCCCAGCCGACAUUGGCAACUCUGAGGGUGAACCCGUCGUCCCCGAGAGACAGAUUCGCAUCGCAGAGAAGCCGGGCAGCCUUGAAGAUGAUUCAGAGGAGGAGAAUCUGGAGUCAGAUCUGGGUCAGGUGGGAAAUCAUGCUUUUGCCCGGAUGGAAGGUGACGUGGACAAACAGCGGAAACUGAUCCUACAGGGCCAGAUGUCAGAGGCAGCCAUGCACAAACAGCACCAGAGGAAUUACAAUCGCUGGCUGUGUCAAGCGAGAGCAGAGGAUCUGUCUGACAUCGCCGCACUGAAAGCCUUGUACCAAACUGGUGUGGACAUGUGCGGCAGGACAGUCGUGGUUGUCGUCGGACGAAACAUCCCGGUGACCGUCAUUGACCUUGAAAAGGCUCUGCUGUACUUCAUCCAUGUGAUGGACCACGUCACGGUGAAGGAGUACGUGAUGGUUUACUUCCACACGCUGACGGGCGAGCACAACCACCUCAACUCCGACUUCCUCAAAAACCUCUACGACAUCGUCGAUGCCAAGUUUAAAAAGAAUUUAAAGGCCUUCUACUUCGUACAUCCAACAUUUCGCUCUAAGGUCUCAACGUGGUUCUUCACCACCUUCAGUGUGUCGGGGCUGAAGGACAGAGUCCGCUACCUGGACAACCUGCAGCAGCUCUUCACCUGCAUCAAACCGGAACAGCUCGACAUUCCUCCGUUUGUCCUGGAGUAUGACGCACGGGUGAAUGGACCCUACCAUCCCUCCAGCUCCUCCAGUCUGUGACAGGCGACCGGCCGGACCUCUCUGCCGCGGGGCUGAUGUGGUGACGGUCCAAUGGAAGCCGGGAGACAUUCGUGGACAUCGGUGUGGCCGGUGUGGCCUGACCUCCUCACCUCCUCGUCAGGGCCCUGAGGCACGAGGGGGGAGGGGGGGGGGGGGGGACUCUCCUUUUGUUCCGUCCCUGCUGAAAAAGGACAAAAUGAACAGUUGCAGGCCACGUUCAGAAGCUUCUGGCCCGGUAAACGGUCAUUCUCACUCACCACAGACUAUUUCGGGAUCUGGUAUGGUUUUUGGAUUAUGCCUUACGCCGAAGGUUCCUAUUCAGCAGUUUCCUCAAACAUCCCUGAAUAUGAAGCGUCGUGUCACGACUGACAGUUUCUCACAUUGUGCAGUCGAAUCACAGAAUCUCACCAGUGUCUCUGUCUGACUUUAUUUUUUCCCCAAAUGCUGGAGGUGACGCCUGGAUGUUCCAUCCCGAACCUGCAGAAACUCUGGAUGAAAUAAAGACUAAUGCUGCGUUUCACGUAAUCGGACAUUGGGGUACGACAUCGUAAUAACAAUCCUUCCUGUGGUCCAACUCUGGAAAACUCCGAAAGACAGAAAGGAACAAUUAACUAGAAGUACACAUUCAUCCAACUGGUAUUUAUCCAUCUAGCAAAUUCAAGGAAAAGUUAAACAUUUUCUGAUGAAGAGCGAUACCAGCCUCAUAUGUUUGGAUUAAAUAUGAAGCAACAGUUUAGUCGAUCAUCAUAAUCAACUGUAGUUUUUGUUUUAACACAAACAGGACACGGUGCAUUAGUUCACGAGCCACACGAGCUUCUUUUCUCUAAUUGCACAGAUAUGAGCGUUGGUUAUCCCUCUUCUGAUCCGAUGCUUGACAGGAGAGCACGUCAGGAUCUUUCCUAAAACAAAAUUGAAUUGCUCUCUAAAUUUUAAAUCCGUGCAGAUGUUAAUGAAGUUCCGCUGACAUCUGCAUCACUGAAACACAGUUGACUUUUCUUUAUCUUAUCGUUUCUCACGUGCUUCUGUUUACAACUCAGAACAGUCAGUCAGUCCGUUUAAUACCUUCAGCCACCUUCAAACGAUCCAGUGCAGGACUGCACUUCAUAGACUUGAUGCAGUUUAUAAUAUACUUUGAAACUUUAUAGAUAAAAACUAAAGUCACAAAGGGUUUCGGUGGGAAAACAUCUCUUCUGCAGCGAGAAGCAUCGUGAGCCUUGACGUCUCGGCCUGGACUCCAUGAGAUAUUCUCCUAUUUCACUGCGUUGUUGUCUCUCAGAGUAAACAGUCUGUUGUGGUGAAAUGCUGGAUGGUUUUCAGGUAACGUUCAGUGUUUGGUGUAACUCAAGCUAACAAGGAAGGGAACCGCAGUUUUCUGUCCAUUCUCACUUUCACUUUAUGAAACAAAGUAAAAUGAGUUGAUUUUUAGUUUUUCUUUGCCGAUAGAGCUGAAAAUCUUUCGUGCCUGUUUGUUAAAAUGAGAUUUUUUUUUCCACUAAAUUAUUAUUUUCUUUUAUUUGCACAGUUGGUGUCACUUUUCUUCACUUUUCUUCACGAUUCACAAGUGGGACGACUCGACCGCUGGGUCCGCUUCAUCGAGGUCGUGCUGUAGCAGACCUCAUUGCUCUGGUACCAGAUUAUAACCUGUCACUGCGGGGAGACAUUUGUUUUCACCUGCACGUAGUUCUGUCUUCACCCUUUCUUGUCCUCUGCGUUGCCACACACCUCGUCAUCUUUAAAUCAAACACACACAGGAGACAAACGCUUUCACACACACACACACACACACACACACACACACACACACACACACACACACACCGUCAAGACGUCAGGGAUCUGCAUCUUUAAAUAAUUUCAGUUGUGCUGGCAGCAACAGCUCUUGUCCCGAGACGUCCCUGCUCACAGAACCCUGAUGUAAGCAAGUCUGCACACACACACACACACAUACACACACACACAGGAAAGUCACGUGAUGCUCUCAUGCAGAGUUCAGCCUGAAUCCUGAGGCUUCUUGAAUUGCGACUGACACGUCGUCAGAGUUUGUAGACUCUUCCAACGGGGAGAGAUUUGCUGUGUCAGCUGCUCGAGGACGUUACGGGGACGUCUGUACUCAAAUGAAUCAAAAUACAGUUAUUCACUCUGUCAUAAAAGUCGUUACUCAACUGUUCAAUCUUUUUAGAUCUGAGAAACACAUCCAGUGGAUCGUUGAAUUGAAAAUCUACAACAGCCCCCUCGUGCUUUUAUCAAAUAAAGAUUUGAAGAGUGUUGUCAAGAAUGUUCUAAAUACAACUGUGGAGAGUUUGAGCUCAUCUGUUGUUGCUGUUUCCCUUCAGUCGCCUCCUCACGUGCAGAAACAGCUUCGGAUCAGAGGAGUCCUGAAUAUAAACUGUGUCAGAAUGUAAAUAAAUAAACAAUGAGCCAAAUUUUAACUUUCUGGAGAUUAAUUUUAUCCUUUUGUAUUAUUAUUAUUAUUUCAGUGAUUAAUGUGAAAGUUACAGGAAACGUUGGUUUUCUCGUGUCCUGUUCUCACGUUUUCUUUUUUUUUACUUAAAACUGAUUAAAAUGAUUUUUGUAAAAGUGUUAUUUUCGUUUCGUUCUUGGUGAAGCGAGGCUCUGGUCGGCCGGAGAACCGGUGUGUUGCAGGAAAGAUUUGUUGUUUAAGCAGGAAUGAUAAAUUAUUCUUGAAAUGGUCGUAGACGAGGUCA